AUGGAAUUUUUAUGGUCUUUGUUGUUAUUGUAUUCAUUUAUUACAUUACUUUUUGCUAACUGUAAUGUUCAAAAAUAUUAUACAUUACAGGGAGAAGAAACUAUAUAUCCAUCCACAAGUAGUAAAUGUGGUAAUGCCUCAGAUAAUUGUGCAACAUUUAUUUCAAAUAUUCCUGAAGUAUUUUCUGGACAAUAUCAAGACUGUUCAUCAAAUAUUUUUGAUUUUAUAACAAAAUCUUUAUACAGUAUAAGACCUGAUUUAAAGAUGAAAUUAGAAGAAUCUAAAUUUAUUAUUAAUGCAAUGAAUAAUUGUAAAAACAAUUCAAUUUCAACAACCUCUGGUUUUCUUUUCCCAGGAAAUUAUACUAUUUAUCUAUCAUGUUCUGCUGAUGGGACAAAUCCAUCUAUUGAUGGUGCUCCAAAUAUUCCUCCUCUUUCAGGAACAAAACAAUUACAAAGCUGCAGUUUAGGAAAUGGAAAUAAUAUUUUAUGUAAAGAAGGUUACUGUAGUUUCUUUGAAUAUUCAAUUAAUGAUACAUCGACUGCUUCAACUAUAACUGGAAAAUAUUAUGGUUGUCCAAAUGGACUUUAUAAUUCAAUGAGUGAUUUAUUAGAACCAAAUUCUAAUUCUGGAGUUACUAGUGGUGAUCUUAAAAAUCUUUCAAACAGUUGUUCAACUAAAAAAAGUCAACUAUUAUGUGGAAGUAAUAAUAAGUAUCAAUAUUUCUAUUUUAUAAAUUGUAAUGUUGAUGGUAAAGAGGUUGUCAAAGAUAUACCAGAUUUACCACCACCAAUAGUUUCUAAAGGUGGUAAAACUUGUCCAUAUGAAGUUUCAGGAUACUUUGCCAAUAAAACAAGUCAAAAUGAAAAUAAAACAAUUAAUUGCUCAGAAAAUUACUGUGCCUAUGUUGAGGCUAAAUUUAUUAAUUUAAAUGGAACCUACUAUGGAUGUCCAAGUGAAAUGAAUAAUGUUCUUAAUGAAAUUAAUACUGAAACAAAAGGAGCCUUAAAUGGAACAAUAAAUGAUUUUCUUCAAAAAUGUGAAAAGAAACAAUAUAAAAUGAUUAAUAUUAUUAAUGUUGUUACAGUAUAUAUGGAUUGUUAUGUUGGUAAGAAACCAGAUAUGAGUGGAAACAGUUCUUCAGCUACUAGAAUUACUAUUUUAUCUUUCACAAUUUUGAUUACAUAUUUUUUAAGUUUUUUUUAA